AUGGAUUCAAAACGGAUAGGUGCAAUCAAACGUUGGUUCGAGCAGUUGUUAAAAGCCAAGUUAGGUAUUGAUCCAGUGGAUGGCUGGGCUCUACUAUAUAAACGACACAUAUCUGUUAUAACUCAUCUAAUCACUACUGGUAAGUUCAAAAAAUGCGAGGAAAAGUCGAGCCAAGAAGUAUACACGAAGGCAUAUCAGGCUUUAGUAGACCAAAUGACGGAUGCUUUGUUUCUAGACCAUUUGAAGCCAGAUCUGGCUGCGACGGGUGAUAAUUUUGAGGUGGCUAAAUUUUUGAUCGUCUUUUUGAAUGAAUUACGGAUAAGUUUGGAAAUCGUCUUCGAUGAAGAUUAUGGGCUAACAGAGGAAGAAAAUAAGCAUAUUGCAGCAGUACUACAUCAUUUAGAAAAUCAUCAAAGUUGGGAUCCUUAUGAGUCUUGGCCUGCAGUGCUAUUCGAGAGCAAUCAUGAACCCAUAGAUGUGGAAAAUUUUAUUACUCCCAAGAUUCGGCGGUCAAAUCAUUGUGGAUUCGCAUUGAGCGAAAGAACAGAUACAAGGCGUAGUCCACUUUCUGAAAUCGUCUCCUCCCCUCGUUCACGUGAACUACGAAUAAUACGUGAAAAAGAUAAAAAGAUAAAGACUCUGAACGAACGAUGUAAACUACUGGAAUACGAAAAAGACGAUCUGGAUAGCUCGCUAAGAACUGCUAACCAAGAAAUCAAGAGUCUUACGAAGAGUCUCAGCGAAAUAACCGGCGCUGUAAAUGAGAAAGAUGCACGAUGUCAUAUUCUUACUAUAGAACUGGAUGAAUGGCGAACUAAAGCGGCUGCAGCUGAGGAGGAAAGCAAUCAAGUAAAACAACAAUUAAAGGCUGCAAAACAAGAAUUACAUACUACUCAAAGACAAUUGCGUGAAGCCGAAUUUGACAUUUCAUCUAAACAAAGGAUCGUUGAGAGCUGGGAAAAAAAUGCUACGCUGGAGGAACAGUGGCGGUUAAAAAUGGAAAGGGAACGAGAGGAGCUUUUGCAGGAGCUUGAAGUGACACGAAUCUCGAAAACAGCUGCCGAGGAGCGAUUGUUACGGCUUACAACCGACAAUGGAACCGAAAUCGCGGAACUGCGGAAUAUAAUUGAUGGACUGCGAUCGGACAUAAAAGAAGCGCGACAAGAAAGGGAUGAAGCAUUAAUCAGUCAGGAUGAAAGAGUGAGGAUCAAGGAAUUGGAAAUUGCUAGAUCUGCCGACAUGAUUACAGAAAUUAAAAAGCAAUUAAGUGUCGCUCAACUUUCUGUUCGAAACAUCCGUAGCUUAGCUGUGCAGGUACGAAACCUUUGCAGGGAGCUGGAAAACAGGAGGACCGAAAUUCAGGGUCUGCGACUUCUGUUCACAGGUAUCCAGAAUGGAUAUCAGGCUUUGAAGGAAGAGAAUGGACAAAAUAGAUCUAUGAUUGAAAGUCUACGAAACAAUGUAGCGAUUAGUGAAUAUCAGUCGAAAGCAUUAGCUGCAUCAUUGGAGAAUCAACGAAAGAAACAUGUAGAGGCAAUGAUGGCAAAACAAGAAACCUUAAAUGAAAAACAACGGAUGCUCUUAGAAGCAUGGAAUCAGUUGAAUAGCAGCGUUGAGCUCAAUAUCCAUUUGCAAGAAGAAAUAACACGGCGAGACGUUGCAUACCGUACUCUCGAACAACGUCUUGCUUCUGCCGAGGAAAGAUGUUCAACAAUUUCUCAGCAUUUUUCGAUUAGCAAUAGCACUCUGGAUAGUAAACCAGUUGAGGAAAUGGCAAAAAUAACCUGUCACUUUCCGGAAGUAGUAGACGUGUCAUCUGGUACACUGCCUCAUGAGUUCCAUCCACUUCCGGAAGUUGAAGAUGAGAAUGAUCUGUUGUCAUCAUCAUCCGUGACCGGCGAUCCAUAUAUGCUGAAGGUGGAAUCGCAGUGCGGCAGACUAAUCACAGCUGACGAACAAGAGGAACUUAACACUUCCGUGGAUAGUGAACGCUUGGCUGAAUUGAACAGACGCAACAAAACAUUGCCGCCUCAUAUGCGUUCAACUUACGCUACGGAAUUGACUUAUGCGAAACGCUUCCCAUCUGAAAGACUCGAAGAUGAACUCAAAAAUUCUAGGAAUUUUGUGCCAUGCUCACAUAAAAGUGGUGGUGAUGCAUCCAGCUUAGUAUCACCAAGCAAUUUAUCUAAAACGAAGUAUGUUUCACGAUCGUUGCGGAGUGUCAAAAAACAUUUUAAUAAAAUAUUGCAAGAAGUGAAUACAUCCAAGACAAGUAUUGCCAGCAAAGAUCGAACUCCUUUGAAAUGA